AUGUUCAGGAAUACCGCCCUCAAGGCCACCCACAGCAAUGUGCUGCGUGGUGCAGCCACGGCUACUUCUCGUCGGGCCUUCGGCCUGGCCUCCACUGCUCGCAGUGCCUCAAAGACGUCAUUCGGUCUGACCAGUCGCCGUCCCCUCGCCGUUGUCGACCGUGCCUUCAAGGGCGCUCGCCUUUAUGCUUCAUCUGCGGAGGGCAAUGCUCCUGGAGUGGACCCCAAUGAUUCUUUCCUCCAGGGCAGCACUGCCAACUACGUGGAUGAGAUGUAUCUCGCCUGGAAGCGGGAUCCCUCCAGCGUCCACAUCUCGUGGCAAACCUACUUCAAGAACAUGGAGGAGGGUCACAUGCCCAUCUCCCAGGCCUUCACUCCUCCUCCCACUCUGGUCCCCACCCCUACCGGUGGUGUCCCCCAGGACAUGCCCGGCACUGGCCUCGGCGCGGGCACCGACGUGACCAACCACUUGAAGGUGCAGCUGCUGUGCCGCGCCUACCAGGCUCGUGGCCACCACAAGGCCAAGAUUGAUCCUCUCGGCAUCCGCAGCGACGCCGAGACCUUUGGUUACAGCAAGCCCAAGGAGUUGGAACUAGACCAUUACGGUUUCACUGAGCGCGACCUCGACCAGGAAUUCGCUCUCGGACCCGGUAUCCUGCCCCGUUUCAUCACCGAGACCCGCAAGAAGAUGACCCUCCGCGAGAUCAUCGACGCCUGCGAGAAGAUCUACUGCGGCUCCUACGGUGUCGAAUACAUCCACAUUCCCGACCGCAAGCCCUGCGAGUGGAUCCGUGACCGAUUCGAGGUUCCCCAGCCUUACAACUACUCCGUCGAUGACAAGCGCCGCAUCCUGGACCGUCUGAUCUGGUCUUCCAGCUUCGAGUCUUUCUUGGCCACCAAGUUCCCCAACGACAAGCGUUUCGGUCUGGAGGGUUGUGAGACUCUCGUUCCCGGUAUGAAGGCCCUGAUCGACCGUAGCGUCGACUACGGUAUCAAGGAUAUUGUCAUUGGUAUGCCUCACCGUGGGCGUCUCAACGUGCUCUCCAACGUGGUGCGCAAGCCCAACGAGUCCAUCUUCAGUGAAUUUGCCGGCUCUACUGAGCCCUCCGAUGAGGGCUCCGGUGACGUCAAGUACCACUUGGGUAUGAACUUUGAGCGUCCCACUCCCUCCGGCAAGCGCGUCCAGCUCUCGCUGGUCGCCAAUCCCUCCCACUUGGAGGCUGAGGACCCCGUUGUGCUGGGUAAGACCCGCGCUAUCCAGCACUAUAACAACGACGAGACCAAGUUCGACAGCGCAAUGGGUGUUUUGCUACACGGUGACGCUGCUUUCGCGGCCCAGGGUGUUGUUUAUGAGACCAUGGGCUUCCACUCUCUCCCCGCCUACUCCACUGGCGGUACCAUCCACAUCGUGGUGAACAACCAGAUUGGUUUCACCACCGACCCCCGCUUUGCCCGCUCGACCCCCUACUGCUCGGACAUUGCCAAGUCCAUUGACGCCCCCGUCUUCCACGUCAACGCGGACGACGUUGAGGCCGUCAACUACGUGUGCCAGGUCGCUGCCGACUGGCGUGCCGAGUUCAAGUCUGACGUUGUCGUUGAUAUUGUUUGCUACCGUAAGCAGGGUCACAACGAGACCGAUCAGCCCUCUUUCACCCAGCCCUUGAUGUACAAGCGCAUUGCCUCCCAGAAGGCUCAGCUUGACAAGUACGUCGAGAAGCUGAUCAACGAGGGUACCUUCACCAAGGAGGACAUCGAUGAGCACAAGAAGUGGGUCUGGGGCAUGCUCAACGACAGCUUCGAUCGCAGCAAGGACUACCAGCCCACUGGCCGUGAGUGGCUGACUUCGGCUUGGAAUGGAUUCAAGACCCCCAAGGAGCUCGCUAACGAAGUCCUGCCUCACCUCGAAACCGCUGUCGAGGCCAAGUCCCUGCAGCAUAUCGCCGACAAGGUCAGCGGCAGCAGCAUGCCUGAGGGCUUCACCCUUCACCGUAACCUGAAGCGUAUUCUUGCCAACCGUAAGAAGAGCGUCGAGGAGGGCAAGAACAUUGACUGGGCGACUGCUGAGGCUCUUGCUUUCGGUUCGCUCGUUGAUGAGGGAUACCACGUCCGCAUUUCCGGACAGGAUGUUGAGCGUGGUACCUUCUCCCAGCGUCACGCUGUCCUUCAUGACCAGGAGACCGAGGCUACCUACACUCCUCUUCAAAACAUUGGUGAAAAGCAGGGUAGCUUUGUCAUCUCCAACUCCUCCCUGAGCGAGUUCGGCGCUCUUGGUUUCGAAUACGGCUACUCGCUCACCUCCCCGGAGGCCCUCGUCAUGUGGGAGGCUCAGUUCGGUGACUUCGCCAACAACGCCCAAUGUAUUAUCGAUCAGUUCAUUGCUGCCGGUGAAUCCAAGUGGCUGCAGCGCUCUGGUCUGGUUGUCUCCUUGCCGCAUGGUUAUGAUGGCCAGGGUCCUGAGCAUUCCUCCGGCCGUAUGGAGCGCUGGCUGCAGCUUUGCAAUGAGGAGCCUCGCGUCUUCCCAUCCGCUGACAAGCUGGACCGCCAGCACCAGGAUUGCAACAUGCAGAUUGUCUGCAUGACCGAGCCUUCCAACAUCUUCCACGUCCUUCGUCGCCAGAUGCACCGCCAGUUCCGAAAGCCCCUUGUUAUUUUCUUCUCCAAGUCGCUUCUGCGUCACCCCAUCGCUCGCUCUGACAUUGAGGCCUUCACUGGUGAUUCCCACUUCAAGUGGAUCAUCCCCGACACUGCCCACAAGACCGAGGCCAUCGACGCCCCGGAGAAGAUCGAGCGUGUGAUCAUGUGCUCUGGUCAGGUGUACGCUGCCCUUGUCAAACACCGUGAGGCCAAUGGUAUUCGCAACACUGCCAUCACUCGUGUUGAGCAGCUGCAUCCCUUCCCCUGGGAUCAGCUCAAGGAGAACCUCGACAGCUACCCCAACGCCAAGGACAUUGUCUGGUGUCAAGAGGAGCCUUUGAACGCCGGUGCCUGGUCCUUCGUCCAGCCCCGUAUCGAGACCAUGCUCAACUCCACCGAGCACCACAACCGUCGCCACGUUCUCUACGCUGGUCGUGCUCCUAGCGCCUCCGUUGCCACCGGUCUCAAGGCCGUCCACUUGAAGGAGGAGCAGGAGUUCCUGGAGGAUGCCUUCUCCAUUCACCAGGACCGCCUGAAGGGCGAGUAG